AUGCGGCGUGCAACAGGACAAUCCCUCGCUUUGGCUUUCAUCUUCAUGCUGGCAGUUAGGGACGUGUCUGCGGCACGGGAAGCUUUCAAUGUCGCUGAGAUGGUGACCCUGACGGCCAACAGCUUGCGGCAGAGUGACGAGUUUCACGAGCGCGUCGAGACUGUCACUGAAGCGGGCUCGUUUUCAAUGCAAACGAUGUGGGCGAAAGGGAAGGACAACCCACGAUUGGGUCAUCUGACAUGGCACAAUGCAACCAUCACUUUCCGUCAUGCCACUGGUGGGCCGGGAGAACCUGAGAAGUAUGUGGAAGUCACGGGCAUGGACAAACCCUACCGACUCCUUCCGGACGCGCUGGUCAUGAACAAGGCUAUCAAGACCAUGGCCGUUGUGGGAAUCGUGGGCUGGCAAGCCUUUGAUGGUGGCUCAUGGGGACCCAGCACGUACGGCAGGUCUGAGAUGUUGUGGAUCCGCACCGAGAUGAACCCCAUCAUUGGCCACACAACCAGCAGCACACUGUCCUGGCGCUAUGCUGGUUCGCCGGUCUACCGAAAGGGAUCUGGCAAGCCAUACUAUCUGUACAAGGGUGUGCAGAAAACCAUUGACAUCGAGAGCGUCAGCAAGGCAUCUGAACCAACACCUGCCUCCUUUUCUUUGGACAUCCCUGGGCAAGCUUCCAAACCGUUGAUGUACCCUGACCGCGAACUCAUGCUUCUCGUGGAUGCCAUGAUCGGCCAAAACACGUGCAUGAACAGCCCCAGCCAAUGUGCCUACCGCUGCCAGUAUGACCCCGAGAAUGACAUGUGUGGGCCACACGCAUUUUGCAACAAGGUCGACACAGAUGAGAUGUCCAUUCUGGCUCCAUUCGGCUCCCAACAGAAGUGCAAGGCAGUAGGCGGCAGCAGCCACGAGGAGGCUGAUGCGGCCAUCACCAAUGAAGCCAUCCCUACAUUGAAGAUGCUUGCCCUCAAUGUUACCAAGAAGUUGGCGGACAUGCCAGCUGUCGCCCAGUCGAGCGCCAGCGUGUCGACGGUGAAGAAAACGGCCGCUUUAUGGAAAGAAGCCGCGGACAUCCUGCAAGUCUUCGAGUCGCUUGCGGCAAGGCUGGGUCCUGAUGUGGGAAAGUUCACUGAUGGGAGCCAUCGAGUAAGUUCGACGGACAUGAAGUAUUGGCGCCAUCGGCAGGACCGACUGACGCAGCAGCAGUACGAAGCUGCGCAGACGAAAUCCAUUGCGGAGCUCAAAGCUUCGACUGACUUUUCGGUGCCAGCAAAGCUGCACUCCGAGCUUGUAGGUUUCAUGACAAAGCGGCCAAGACUCAUCGUGCAGAUGGCCAAUUUGGAGUCGAAGGGGAAAUGCUUGCUCAAGGAUGCAACACAGGAAGAUCAAGACCAGUUGACCCUUUUUGUGAAGUACUUCUUGAAGGUCCCCGGCUACAACAGCCGCGAUCUGACAGGCCAAACCCUUGACCUGCCCGAGAAUUGCCAAGAGCAUUUGCAAAACAAGGGCGGGACUUCAAUGGACGAUCUGAUGAGCUCUGCUGACGAGGCGAAGGAACAAAUGGAUGCGGCAGAAUCAGGUGCAGAGAUGCCAGAGCUGCAGUCCGAACGACUGCGAACGGCGGUGAGUCAAGACGCAGAAGCGAGCAGCUUGCUGCAAAGCGGAUCAUGGUCGGAUGCAUCCGAGGAGGCGAGACGCACACUCAUCCCCAUCUUCAUCGUCAUAUUGCUUGCCGUUUCCUUUAUGAUGCUGGCGGGGCUCUGCUUCGACUGGGCCCUAUACAGCAUCUCCGACCUGCAGAUCCAGCCUAAUUGGAUCGCCUUUGUGAUUGCCUUCGCGUGUGGUUGCUUUAUGGUCGUUGGCGCCUUUACUGUGGCGUGGCCUGUUGGUCUCGCGGUUCUCAUUGGCUCCGUGGCGGGUGCCUACUACCACAACAAAAAAAUCAUGAGCGGACCGAGCUUAUUGCAGGAACCCGACUCGAAAAUCUCGACGCUACAUCGAGCAGCUGUACAACUUCACUUGGGGAGCUGA